UCGGACGUUCGAAAUACAAAAAUUCGGAUUUCGAACCGCGCAGUGGCCAGUGUUAGUGUGUUAUAGCUAGUGAUGGAAUCGGAGAUUAACAAAAUGCAGACGAAAUUACCAUCGAAGAACUUUUCGAUUGAAUCGAUUGUCGGUAUCAACGAUCGACGAUCGCCCGAAAUCGAUAUUGAGAAUAGCAUAUCUCAAGAUUACUCAGGAACCAAUGAUCAUUCUGAAGACGAGGAGCUUAAAGUGAGAGACGGCAAAAUGAAUUACUAUUUUCAACAAAAUCGAGUACCGAAUUUUCCCUUUUUUAUGAGCUACGAUAAGAGGAUGGGAGGGUUCCAGAGUGAACAGGGAGGGCAGCAGGAGGAACUGAAGAGGGCGAGUCCUGGUAGCGUGAGGAGUGAGGUCGAUAGUGAUGGAGUGGAUGAUAGACAACACGAAUCCUUAAGUCCACAAUCGGAGCAGAUGACAAAUCCCAACCAGGCUGCACCCGAUCCAAACAUCAGGAGAUACCGCACGGCAUUCACAAGAGAGCAACUCGCGAGAUUGGAAAAAGAAUUUAUGAAAGAGAAUUACGUGUCAAGACCGCGGCGAUGUGAGCUGGCCGCCCAAUUGCAGCUUCCUGAAUCGACUAUCAAGGUAUGGUUCCAAAACCGGCGGAUGAAGGAUAAAAGACAGCGCAUAGCCGUCGCAUGGCCGUACGCAGCCGUCUACAGCGACCCAGCCUUCGCAGCCUCCAUCCUGCAGGCCGCGGCCUCAUCUGUAGGCCUACCCUACGGCUACCCCUCCCCCGCCCUAAUCCCACCCUUCCACAACCCACAACUCUUACCCGCAGGCUACCCAUACCCCUACCCCACUUACCCCCGCUACCCCUACAUCCCCCCAACACCCCCCUCCCCAGUCAACGCCGAAGCAACGUCGCUAAGGCCCGCGUAUUCAAAUUUCAACUUAAAUGUUGAUAAAUAAUUUUCUAUGUAAUUCUCUUGACGGGAUUUUGGUUUAAAAAGUUUCCCAAAUGGGCUUGGUUGGUAGCCUCGACAAUGAUUACGAUAGGAAUCGGUUGUAAUAGAUUUUCAACUUUCCGUUACAAGGAUAAGGUUGAAAAUAUAUAAAUGGGAUGCACGACUUAGCGAUUGGAUUUUGUCGGUAUUAGUGUCGAGACUGCCGGCCAUAUUGUAAUUACGCGAUUAUCAGAAAUAGAUAUUGUGAUUGUAUUUUUGGGCAUAAAAUCAUAAAAUAAUAAAUCUUUACGCAAGAAUUACAUUUUGUAACGUAAAGACUUAUUAUAAAAAUCAUAACCCAUUUGGAGAAAACAAUUGUAAAUAGUUUUUUUUUUAAUUAAUUUAUUGAAUGCUGGUCAUAGCGGUGAACGAGAGUGAACGAAAUGAAUGAUUUUGUAAUUUUACUUUUUUAAAAAGACGUUUUUAUCUGUGUUGUACAGGUUGUUUGUAAAAUUAAGAUAAUUUUUUUGGUGAUUUAAAUUAUUCAUUCCAAGUUGAUUUGCUACAAUUUAUUAUAAGGAUAAAGAUUUUUUGGCUAAAGUAAUAUUCUUUUUAAGAACUUCGAGAUUUAAAUUCACAAAUUUUUAGGUUAUGUUUUUAAACCUAUGCUAAUUCUUAAGGUAAGCGUCCACAGGCCCGUAUCGUACGCAACGGAUUUUAGUUUGUCUUGUAUAGAAACUCAUACAACUGCGUCCACUGAUCCGCAUCGUACGGACCGCAUCAUCGGCAAUGCCUACAUGCGAUACGUGCUGAUGACGUCAUACGGAAUGCGUGCGAUGCGUUGUGUGACACUUACCUUUAAAUUCCAUUUUCGUAUAAAUAAUUUUUGUACAAUUACUGUAUUUCUUUCACUUUUUUUGUAGAAAAUGUAUAAAGCCAAAGUAUAUUAUAAAUAAAUAAAUAAUUAAUUAAAAAAACGAAUAGUAGUUUAAAAUUAGUGCAAUACCGAAAUUAUGUAUAAAAAUAAUUGUUUUGUAUAAUGACGUCAUCGGAGAAAAUGGCGACCGCUAGUAAGAUUUUGUGCAGACUUGCGAUUAAUCGCGUGCGUUUAUUUUGUAUACUUAAGAACAAAUUGUUAUUGAACCAUUUACAUUCAUAUACUAUAACAUUUCUCGAACUAUUGUCAUGUAUUAAGCAUAAAGCAUUUCUUAUACGUUUGGUCUAAAAUUACACCGCUGGUACUGUUGAAAUCAAAAUGAUUGUAUUUAAAGUGAUUGUAAUAUUAUUUUAGAAAUGGACAACCCUUGAAAUGCGUUCUAUUACGUUUUGUAAGAUUUAGUUGCAUGAUCCCAUAAAAUGUAUGAACGCAUAUGACUCGAAAACUAAUAUAACUACCAAGUAGUGUCAUAAUUUUUUUUUAUGUAAAUGAUGUGAAAUAAUAACAUUCCACGACUUUUAGUCGCAAGUCUGAGCAAACCAUUUCUUGUAAAUGUUGUGUAUAUUUUAAACGUAAAAAUAAAUGUUUAGUGUUCAUAGGAGUUAGAUUAUUUGGUAUAAAAUAAUUCAUUUAAUUAAUAUAAGAUCCCUUAGUGUAUAAGGAGAACAUUGUAAAUUACAUUUUAAUUAUAAAAGAACAAAAUAAAAGAAAGUUAUUACUUAUAUACAUUUA